GGGGCCUGUUCAGAUGCAUGAUGGGCGACGUUCGGUGAUCCAUUUGCUGGAUGGGCAGAAGCUGGAGCUCACGAUACAGCCACGACUGGUUGUCGACGAACUACUCAGUAUUAUUGCCAGCCAUGUUGCCCUGAAAGACGCCGACAAGCAGUAUUUCGGCGUGGCCUAUGUCGAUGACCUCGGCCAGUACCACUGGUUGCCCACAGACAGACGGGUUUUGGAGUGUGAUAUUCCGCGCAAGUCUCAUCAGUCCGGUUUGGAACUGCACCACAGCGUAAAGUUAUUUUUUGCGCGUAUUUUCAGGUUUUUUGUCGAUUCGAUACUCACAUUGCGUCACCCAUCGGCCGUCGAACUGUAUUUCCUCGAGACAGCAAGGCGUUUAGUAAAACUUUUUGCGCGUAUUUUCAGGUUUUUUGUCGAUUCGAUCCUCACAUUGCGUCACCCAUCGGCCGUCGAACUGUAUUUCCUCGAGACAGCAAGGCGUUUAGUAAAAGGAUUACUGGAAUUUACAGAUCUGGAAUAUUACAAAAUAGCAUCAAACUUCUUGCAAAUCUAUUGUGGCGAUUACGUGAGUGAUGAUAAGGCACGAGCCGCAUUGGCCGAGCUUCUGCCGGUUCCGAAUGGAGUGCUGCACGGCUAUGAUGUAACUCUGGACGAUGUUGAGCGGAAUGUUGUCGAAAUGUACAGAGAUCUCAGUGGUACUCCCAAAGGAGUUGCUCUCUUAAAGUAA